AGACAAUCAGGUCAUAUCAGUGCAGGAAGCCAGCGAUGUAGGUUGGAAGGCGCAGUUGCCAAUCAGUUUGCAACCACUUUACCGCUUUACUUUAUUUGGAUAUUUUUGAGCCUUUCUUGUUUUAUACUUUGAAUGCAAUGCAUUGCUCUUUUGUUUUCCUUUUGAUUGCGUGGCGAUACCGCUAUUUUCUUUGAGUUUUGAUUACUUUGGAGUGAACUAACUGGCGUACACUGACGGUCCCGACUACCGAGCUCCUUCAGCAUCAACUCAAAACGAGGGGGAUUAAAUACCUCGCGGAGCCCGCUGUUCGGGAGGUGCGAUGAAGGUGUUCUGCUGGAGUUUUCUGAUCCUCAACCAGUGGAUUCUACGAAAGGUACAAGGACUUGAGAAGCAGGUGGCCAAAUCUCUGGACUACCUAGACCUGGGUCCCGCGGGGUCCGUGGUGAAGCCCCUUCCGUACGACAUGCGGGGAGUCGGGGGAGGGGCGGCGGACGGGGUCAAGCCCCCUUACCCAAACUCCCGGAUAUUCUCCAGCAUGGACCACACCCCUCUGAAGUCCAAGCCCCCCAGCUACAGCUUCCUGAACCCCUACGACUGGGCCCGGAACCAGUCCCUCCUGCUGGACCAGACCGGGUACCGCUCCAAGCGCAAGCCCUCGCUGAAGACAGCCCUGAAGACCAAGAAGAUCUUCGGCUGGGGGGACUUCUACGUCAACAUCAAGACGGUCAAGUUCAGCCUGCUGGUGACCGGCAAGAUCGUGGACCACAUCAACGGCACCUUCACCGUCUACUUCCGCCACAACUCGUCCAGCCUGGGCAAUGUGUCCGUCAGCAUCGUGCCGCCCUCCAAGGUGGUGGAGUUCGAGGUGUUCCAGCAGCACCAGCUGCCCCCGGAGAUCCAGCAGCUCCAUCAGCAGCGCCAGUCCACCACCGACCCCAAGGAGGUCAAAGCCUUCAACUGCCGGGUGGAGUACGAGAAGACCAACCGGGAGAAGAAGCCCAAGCCCUGCCUGUACAACCCCUCACAGACGUGCUUCUCGGAGCACACGCAGACCCACGCCGCCUGGCUCUGCGCCAAGCCCUUCAAGGUCAUCUGCAUCUUCAUCUCCUUCUAUAGCUUCGACUACAAGCUGGUGCAGAAGGUGUGCCCGGACUACAACUUCCAGAAUGACCACCCUUACUUUGGAUGAGCGAGAGGGCGGAGAGGCAGGAGGAUGAAGGAGGGGCUUUUUCAAAAUGGGGCUAUGCGAAGUCUGGCUUUUACCCCCCCCCCCCACUCUCCUCUCCUUGAAACUAAAUCUGGGGGUCGAAAAUGAGAGAGGUCCACAACGGGAGACGACAUCGCUCAGCUGUUCUCACACACGACUGAAGGAUCUGUUUCAGUUUUAUUUGGGUAUUUUCUCUGUACAUUCACACAAAAAAGCAAACAUUUAUGCUUUUUAGAAUUUAUUUCAUUAAUAUUGUCGAUUUUAAUUCUGUUUGAGCUUCGGGUUUAUUUAGAAGAAGUGGACAAAAGUGAGAAACAAAGUUUGUUAUUUAACUAUAGUCUCUGAUACCAGAGUAUUUGUAAAAAUGCAUUUGAGUUGUGUCAUUUCAUGUCUGCCAUUAGACUGAAAAGCGAAGGAAGCGCUUUGUCUGCCCCGAUUGGCUGGUACCUAAGCACCAACGCUGGAUGUGGGAACAGUAAUUACAGCCUACAGCUAGAGAGGUUGUGCUGCUACUGUUUUCAAUAUGUGUGGAAAACAUUAAAGACAUAAUAUGCAUAUGAAAAUUCACGUUAAAAUAUAACAAAGUAUUAGUGUCAGGUCUUGUUGUAAUGCAGCCGGCUACCGUGGACACAGGGAAUUAAAUGAUGUAUAAAGAUAACAUGACUGUUGAUUGAAUCCAGGCUUGUAUUUCAUUUGAAAUGACUAGCCGCCAUUUUCCUUUCCCCGAGAGAGCCCUGAAAAAUAAAGAAUAAAUGAAUGCGAGGCGAGCGGAGAGUGUGGCAUGGGCAGUAAUGAGGCUGCUGGGAUGAAGCGCAGGACAGUAAUGAGCUGUCUGGCACUCAGAGGAAGUGAUCGCUCAUAUAACUUGUAAUAGUUCUUUUCUGAUCGCGCCUCCUGUAAAAUAAAAUAUGAAAGAGUAAAAUGUCUUUAUUUUUUAUCAAAUAGUCUGUCUGUGAUUCAGCUUGACUGCGCAAAGCAGCCCUUCAGAUAGUUUAAUUAACAUCACAGAUAUUUCUUUGCAUAUCUUGUCCUUUUUUUCUGCAUAUUGUUCAAAAAUGUGUAUGGAUACUUAUUGGAAAAAAAACUGUGUGUACUAUGUAACAAUAAACCAUCAUAUAAGGCUGAGUAAAA